CCUUGUGAAGACUUUCUUCCCCUUGCCCUCCAUCGGAGUCGCUCCAACACCGACCUGCCUCUGUUAGCCACCCUUGAGCUGUCCUAAUCUGGUAGUUGUACAAUGAGAAAUAUCCUGGAUAAUCCCAAUAGCAUUUAAGCGGUCGGCAUAUUAAUACAAACACAUAAGACCAUGGUGAUCAUGUCAGGGACAGCCACUGUGCUGCAGCAGUUUGUCAGCGGGCUGAAGAGCAGAAAUGAAGACACCAGAGCAAAAUCUGCUAAGGAUCUGCAGCACUAUGUGACCACAGAGCUCAGAGAGUUGAGCCAAGAUGAAGCCACUACUUUCUACGAUGAGUUAAACCACCAUAUAUUUGAGCUGGUAUCCAGCUCUGAUGUGAACGAGAAGAAAGGCGGCAUUCUUGCUAUCGUGAGCCUAAUCGGAGUGGAGGGCGGCAAUGCCACCAGGAUCAGCCGGUUUGCCAACUACCUCCGCAAUCUGCUCCCCUCCAGUGACCCAGUAGUUAUGGAGAUGGCCUCUAAAGCCAUGGGCCACCUCUCUAUGGCUGGAGACACUUUCACUGCGGAGUAUGUAGAGUUUGAGGUGAAGAGGGCUCUGGAGUGGCUGGGAGCCGACAGGAACGAGGGCAGGCGGCAUGCGGCGGUGUUGGUGUUGAGGGAGCUGGCUGUGAGCGCGCCCACCUUCUUCUUUCAGCAAGUGCAGCCCUUCUUCGACAACAUUUUCUACGCCGUUUGGGAUCCCAAGCAGGCUAUCCGGGAAGGAGCGGUGUCCGCUUUACGAGCCUGUCUCAUCCUCACCACACAGAGGGAGACCAAAGAAAUGCAGAAACCACAGUGGUACAAACAAACCUUUGAGGAGGCAGAGAAAGGGUUUGACGAGACUCUAGCGAAGGAGAAAGGGAUGAAUCGUGACGAUAGAGUCCACGGUGCUCUCCUGAUCCUCAAUGAGCUGGUUCGGAUCAGUAGCAUGGAAGGAGAGCGAAUGCGUGAGGAGAUGGAGGAGAUCACACAGCAGCAGCUGGUUCAUGAUAAGUACUGCAAGGAGCUGAUGGGGUUUGGAACCAAGCCUCGCCACAUCACCCCGUUCACCAGCUUCCAGUCGGUGCAGCCGCAGCAGUCCAACGCUCUGCUGGGGUUGUUGGGCUACAGCACGCCUCCCAGCUUCCUGGGCUUCGGGGCAACGCCGGCCCCUGCCAAGAGCUCGCUGGUGGAGAGUCGGUACUGCCGCGAGCUGAUGGAGGAAAGAUUUGACCAGGUGUGUCGGUGGGUACUGAAGUACAAGACCAGUAAAAACCCUCUGAUCCAGAUGACCAUCCUCAACCUGCUUCCCCGCCUCGCUGCCUUUCAGCCGCAUACCUUUACAGACCAGUAUUUGUCAGACACCAUGGGGUACCUGCUGGGCUGCCUGAAGAAGGAGAAGGAGAGGACGGCGGCUUUUCAGGCUUUGGGGCUGCUGGUCGUGGCCGUCAGGACAGAAAUCCAGCCGUACCUCAUGAAGAUCCUGGAGAUCAUCAAGGCGGCCCUGCCUCCCAAGGACUUUGCACACAAGGUUUCCACAGGACACUCCCUGACCCAGUUUGUGCGCCACUGUGCCGAUCACUUCCUGAACAGCGAGCACAAGGAGAUCCGAAUGGAAGCGGCGCGGACCUGCUCCCGACUCCUCACGCCUUCCAUUCAUCUGAUCAGCGGCCAUGUUGUCAGCCAGACCGCGGUGCAGGUGGUGGCAGACGUCCUCAGCAAGCUGCUGGUUGUUGGCAUCACCGAUCCAGAUCCAGACAUCCGAUACUGCGUUCUUGCGUCUCUUGAUGAGCGCUUCGACGCUCACCUCGCCCAGGCGGAGAAUUUGCAGGCUCUGUUUGUUGCUCUGAACGAUGAAGUGUUUGAAAUCAGAGAGUUAGCGAUCUGCACAAUAGGACGCCUCAGCAGCAUGAACCCUGCCUUCGUCAUGCCCUUCCUUCGUAAGAUGCUGAUCCAGAUUCUAACAGAGCUGGAACACAGUGGCGUCGGCAGGAACAAAGAACAGAGCGCUCGUAUGCUUGGUCACCUGGUCUCCAACGCACCCCGCCUCAUACGACCAUAUAUGGAGCCCAUUCUCAAAGCUCUCAUACUGAAGCUUAAAGAUCCAGAUCCUAACCCUGGAGUGGUGAUCAGCGUCCUCGCAACAAUCGGAGAGUUGGCUCAGGUGAGCGGUCUGGAGAUGAGGAAGUGGAUGGACGAGCUCUUCCCUAUCAUCAUGGACAUGCUGCAGGACUCAUCGUCAUUGGCUAAGCGUCAGGUGGCGCUGUGGACACUGGGCCAGAAGGUAGCGAGUACAGGCUAUGUGGUGGAGCCAUACCGCAAAUAUCCUUCGCUUCUAGAAGUGCUGCUCAACUUCCUGAAGACAGAGCAGAACCAGGGGAUAAGGAGGGAGGCCAUCCGAGUCCUGGGUCUCCUCGGCGCUUUGGAUCCCUACAAGCACAAAGUGAACAUCGGCAUGAUCGACCAAUCACGGGACGCCUCGGCUGUCAGCCUCUCCGAAUCAAAGUCCAACCAGGACUCCGCGGAUUGCAGCACCAGUGAAAUGCUUGUGAACAUGGGCAACCUGCCCCUCGAUGAGUUCUACCCCGCGGUGGCGAUCGUCACCUUGAUGCGAAUCCUGAGGGACCCGUCGCUCUCCAACCACCACACCAUGGUGGUCCAGGCCGUCACCUUCAUAUUCAAGUCUCUGGGCCUCAAGUGCGUCCAGUUCCUGCCGCAGGUCAUGCCCACGUUCCUCAACGUCAUCCGGGUUUGUGAUGCCAGCAUCCGAGAGUUCCUCUUCCAGCAAAUGGGAAUGGUCGUCUCCUUUGUGAAGAUUCACAUCCGCCCAUACAUGGACGACAUCUUCACCCUCAUCAGAGAGUACUGGACACCAAACAACCCCAUGCAGAACACCAUCAUCCUCCUCAUUGAGCAGAUCGUGGUGGCGCUGGGUGGGGAGUUCAAGCUCUACCUGCCUCAGCUCAUCCCACAUAUGCUGCGUGUCUUCAUGCACGAUAACAGCACCGGGCGCAGCGUCACCAUCAAGCUGCUGAAUGCCAUCCAGCUGUUUGGGGCGAACCUGGAUGACUACCUCCACUUGUUGCUGCCGCCAAUCGUGAAGCUCUUUGAUGCCUCUGAUGUGCCGCUCCAAGCUCGCAAGGUCGCCUUGGAAACGCUCGACCGGCUGACAGAGUCCUUGGACUUUACCGACUACGCCUCACGCAUUAUCCACCCGAUCGUUCGCACGCUUGACAGCACGCCUGAGCUGCGUUCCACGGCCAUGGACACGCUGUCCUCGCUGGUGUUCCAGCUGGGAAAGAAGUACCAGAUUUUCAUCCCCAUGGUGAACAAAGUAAUGCUGAAGCACAGGAUCAAUCACCAGCGCUAUGACAUUCUGAUAUGUCGCAUUGUGAAAGGCUACACUCUGGCAGAGGAGGAAGAGGACCCUUUAAUCUUCCAGCACAGACAGAUUCGGGGCAAUCAAGGUGACACUCUGGUCAGUGGUCCGGUGGAGCCGGGGCCGAUGAAGAAGCUCCAUGUUAGCACUACUGCACUCCAGAAGGCCUGGGGUGCCGCUAGGAAGGUGUCCAAAGAUGACUGGCUGGAGUGGCUGAGGCGUUUGAGCGUGGUCCUGCUCAAAGAGUCCUCCUCCCCGGCACUGCGAUCAUGCUGGUCUCUGGCUCAGACUUAUAUUCCUCUUGCCAGAGACCUGUUCAAUGCUGCUUUUCUGUCCUGUUGGUCGGAGCUGAGUGAAGAUCAGCAGGAUGAGCUCAUCCGAAGCAUCGAGUUGGCUCUCACAUCCCAGGAUAUCGCUGAGGUCACUCAGACGCUGCUGAACUUAGCAGAGUUCAUGGAGCACAGCGAUAAGGGCCCUCUGCCUCUCAGAGACGAUAAUGGCAUCGUUCUGCUUGGAGAGAGAGCUGCCAAAUGUCGUGCCUAUGCCAAGGCGCUGCACUACAAAGAGCUGGAGUUUCAGAAAGGUCCCUCUCCUCUCAUAUUGGAGUCUCUGAUCAGCAUCAACAACAAACUGCAGCAGCCAGAGGCGGCAUCAGGAGUCCUGGAAUAUGCAAUGAAACACUUUGGUGAACUGGAAAUCCAAGCCACUUGGUAUGAGAAACUUCAUGAGUGGGAAGACGCCCUGGUGGCAUAUGACAAGAAGAUCGACAUGAACAAAGAGGAUCCAGAGCUCAUCCUGGGCAGAAUGCGCUGUUUGGAGGCUCUGGGCGAGUGGGGUCAGUUGCAUCAGCAGUGCUGUGAAGAGUGGACGCUGGUCAGUGAGGAAACCCAGGCUAAGAUGGCUCGUAUGGCUGCAGCCGCCGCCUGGGGUCUAGGUCACUGGGAUAGCAUGGAGGAGUACACCUGUAUGAUCCCAAGAGACACACACGAUGGUGCCUUCUAUAGAGCCGUUUUAGCCCUCCAUCAGGACCUCUUCUCAUUGGCCCAGCAGUGUAUUGACAAAGCAAGAGACCUUCUGGAUGCUGAGCUGACAGCCAUGGCUGGAGAGAGCUACAGUCGAGCCUAUGGGGCCAUGGUGUCCUGCCAGAUGCUGUCUGAGCUGGAGGAAGUGAUCCAAUACAAACUGGUGCCAGAGAGGAGAGACAUCAUCAGGGAAACGUGGUGGGAGAGGCUUCAGGGUUGUCAGCGUAUCGUAGAAGAUUGGCAGAGAAUCCUGAUGGUCCGAUCUCUGGUCAUCAGCCCCCAUGAGGAUAUGAGGACUUGGCUAAAAUACGCCAGCCUUUGUGGAAAGAGCUUACGCCUGGCACUUGCCCACAAGACUCUGGUGCUCCUGUUGGGUGUUGACCCCUCCAAACAACUGGACCACCCGCUUCCUACGACCCACCCGCAUGUUACUUACGCUUACAUGAAGUAUAUGUGGAAGAGUAACCGCAAGAUUGAUGCCUUCCAACACAUGCAGCAUUUCGUCCAGGGGGUACAACAGCAGGCCCAACAUGCCAUUGCAGCAGAAGACCAUCAGAGGAAGCAGGAGCUCCACAAGCUGAUGGCCAGAUGUUUCUUAAAGCUGGGCGAGUGGCAGCUCAGUCUGCAGGGCAUCAAUGAGAGCACCAUCCCCAAAGUUCUUCAGUAUUACAGCAAUUCAACAGAGCAUGACCGCAACUGGUACAAGGCCUGGCAUGCCUGGGCCGUGAUGAAUUUUGAGGCAGUGCUGCACUACAAACACCAGAACCAAGGGCGUGAUGAGAAGAAGAAGCGCCGGCACGCCAGCGGUGCCAGCGCCAAUAGUGAGGCCAGCAACAGCGACAGCGAGGCCGACAGCACAGACCACAGUCCCGUGCCUUCACCGCGGCAGGUCAAUGAGGACCUCUCCAAGACUUUGCUCCUCUACACCGUCCCUGCUGUUCAAGGAUUCUUCCGCUCCAUUUCCCUCUCCAGAGGAAAUAACCUGCAGGACACACUAAGGGUUUUGACUCUGUGGUUUGACUACGGUCAUUGGCCUGAGGUGAAUGAAGCUUUGGUGGAGGGCAUCAAGACCAUCCAGAUAGACACCUGGUUACAGGUGAUCCCUCAACUGAUAGCUCGUAUCGACACCCCUCGAGCGCUGGUUGGUCGUCUCAUCCACCAGCUGCUAACAGACAUAGGUCGAUACCAUCCACAGGCCUUAAUCUACCCACUGACUGUCGCCUCCAAGUCCACUACCACCGCCCGACAUAACGCUGCAAACAAGAUCCUGAAGAACAUGUGUGAACACUGCAACACCCUGGUUCAGCAAGCUAUGAUGGUGAGCGAGGAGCUUAUCCGUGUCGCUAUCUUGUGGCAUGAGAUGUGGCACGAGGGCCUGGAGGAAGCUUCUCGUCUUUACUUUGGCGAGCGCAAUGUAAAGGGCAUGUUUGCUGUGCUGGAACCGCUACACGCCAUGAUGGAAAGGGGGCCACAGACCCUCAAAGAGACUUCAUUUAAUCAGGCUUAUGGCAGAGAUUUGAUGGAGGCUCAGGACUGGUGCAGGAAGUACAUGCGCUCUGGGAACGUGAAAGACCUGACGCAGGCCUGGGACCUUUACUACCACGUCUUCAGACGCAUCUCCAAACAGCUGCCUCAGCUCACCUCCCUGGAGCUACAGUACGUGUCUCCAAAGCUGCUGAUGUGUCGCGACCUGGAGCUUGCAGUACCCGGCACUUAUGACCCCAACCAGCCUAUCAUUCGCAUCCAGUCCAUCGCCCCCUCGCUACAGGUCAUCACCUCCAAGCAGCGCCCACGCAAACUCACCAUCAUGGGAAGCAACGGCCACGAGUUCAUGUUCCUGUUGAAGGGCCACGAGGACCUGAGGCAGGAUGAGAGAGUCAUGCAGCUGUUCGGUUUGGUCAACACGCUGCUGGCUAACGAUCCUGCAUCUCUACGUAAAAACCUCAGCAUUCAGCGCUACGCAGUAAUCCCUCUUUCCACCAACUCCGGCCUGAUUGGCUGGGUGCCCCACUGCGACACGCUGCAUGCCCUCAUCAGAGACUACAGAGAGAAGAAGAAGAUUUUGCUGAACAUUGAGCAUCGCAUCAUGCUCAGGAUGGCGCCGGACUACGACCACCUGACGCUGAUGGAGAAGGUGGAGGUGUUUGAACACGCUGUCAACAACACAGCUGGAGACGACCUGGCUAAGCUCCUGUGGCUGAAGAGCCCCAGCUCUGAGGUGUGGUUCGACAGGAGGACCAACUACACUCGCUCCCUGGCUGUGAUGUCCAUGGUGGGCUACAUUCUGGGCUUAGGUGACAGACAUCCAUCCAACUUGAUGUUAGACCGACUCAGUGGAAAAAUCCUCCACAUUGACUUUGGUGACUGUUUUGAAGUGGCGAUGACCAGAGAAAAGUUCCCUGAGAAGAUCCCGUUCCGACUGACCAGGAUGCUGACCAAUGCUAUGGAGGUGACGGGUUUGGACGGGAACUACAGGAUCACCUGCCACACGGUGAUGGAGGUACUGAGGGAGCACAGAGACAGCGUCAUGGCCGUGCUGGAGGCCUUCGUUUACGACCCGCUGCUCAACUGGAGGCUGAUGGACACAAACACCAAGGGCACCAAGCGUUCCCGCACCAGGACCGACUCCUACACCGCCGGGCAGUCCGUAGAAGCUCUGGAUGGAAUAGACCUGGGAGAGACAACGCAUAAGAAACCAGGGACAACCGUACCUGAAUCCAUUCACUCCUUCAUUGGAGAUGGCCUGGUGCAGCCUGAGGCUCUGAACAAGAAAGCCAUUCAGAUUAUCAACAGAGUACGUGACAAACUCACCGGUCGAGACUUUUCUCACGAGGAGACGCUGGAUGUGCCGACACAAGUGGAGCUCCUCAUUAAGCAGGCCACGUCCCAUGAAAACCUGUGCCAGUGCUACAUUGGAUGGUGUCCGUUUUGGUGAAACGUCUCUUUCAUCCAGGGUCCCGCCUCUGAAAGAAGGAGCAGUUAAAGAUGUCUACACCUUGAAGCUUUCUCUCUGGAAAUACUUUCCCUCUGAAAAAAUGUUGUGAAGCUACAUUACGGAGCUCUCUGAGAAAGAGAUUUGUAUUUUUCUUCUUUUCAUCUUAAAGGCUCACUUUUGACCUAAUCAGCAUAAUUUAAUAAUUUAAUACUCAUUGCUCCAAAUUACUUUCCUUAUUUUUACUCUCAUAUAUUACCUGCUAAAAGCUUUCUAUUAUUACCACAUUGUAAUAAGUUAUAUUUCUGUUCAUGCUGUGACAUCUCUCUGUACUGAUGCAAUCAAUCGCCUUCAUAUUGUUUGCCCUUUACUAUAGAAAUAUAAUUUAAAGGUCGCCUGUGAGAACACACAUGUUGAUGUGGAAUGAUAUGAUGUACUGUAAGGGCAUCUGUGUGCCAAUAAAGCCUGUACAGAUUCCUCUGU